CUUUCGUGUUCCGUACCGCGCCGCAGAUUGCAAGACCGCUCAAGAUUGCCGAAAAUGUGGUCAACGUCACCACAUGUCCAUCCAUUUUGGAUGCACCAACGAAACCAGCUUCACCGCAGUCUACAUCUUCCGCACAGAUCCGCUUUCCGCUCAAGUAUUGCUAGCUACCGCUUUAGUCCAGGUCCGCCCACAUCAUGGUAAUCCAAUCACCGCCAGAGUGUUGAUUGAUCAAGGUUCAGAGCUCUCAUUUAUGAGACAGUCGCUCUUCAAGAAGCUUGGACAACCGCUACAGCGUGACAUGGUCAUGCUCAAGGGCAUUGGCAAUGUCUCCGCAGGAAGCUCACUAGGUGUGAGCACAAUUGAGCUUCGUUCGCUGUGUACGACCGCAUCAAUGCAUGUCAGCAUGCAUAUUCUACCAACACUGACGGUAGAUCUUCCAUCGUUCGUGAUCGCUGAUCCGAAAUGGCCGCAUCUUGAGAAUCUCAAGCUCGCUGACCCGCAGUAUCUACAGCCACGCCCUGUAGAUAUCAUUCUAGGUGCAUCACCAGCCGCACAGAUCAUGAACGCAGAGAUUCAACGAGGACCUCGCAAUGCUCCUAUUGCACAAUCCACCACGCUUGGUUGGAUUGUCUAUGGGGCUGUCACCGCUAAACACGCUUCAACAUCACACGCAGCACUACAUGCGUCAGUAGAUACUGAAUUACAAGACGCUAUCGCUAAGUUUUGGGAACAGGAAGAAGUUCCAUUAGGAAAUUCACCGCUCAACAACGCUGAAGAAGACGAAUGUGAAAUUCACUUUCGUCAAACGCAUUAUCGACAGCCUGAUGGACGCUACGUAGUGAGAUUACCGCUUAAGGCCCUUGAGAGUCAACUUGGCGACUCUAUCAACGCAGCUAUGGGGUCACUCCGCAGAUUAAUAACUCGCUUGUCGCGAGAAAGAGAAUAUUCUGACAUGUAUCGUGCAUUCAUGGCAGAAUACAUUCAACUAGGACACAUGGUACGAGUACCAGUCAACGAAUUGCCCGCAAACGCUUAUUUCUUGCCUCACCAUGGGGUAUUGAAGCUUGAUAGUGCCACUACGAAGCUCCGCACAGUGUUCAAUGGUUCCUGUGCAACAUCUACAGGAAUUUCAUUGAACGACAUUCUCCACGCAGGACCCAAAACGCAAAUUGACAUUUUGAUGUGA